AUAAAAACGUUUACGCGCUCUUCGACCGCCACGUUUUUAACGAGCCUUGGGUGCGUUCGCUAUUAGGGUUCUGACGCUGCAAGGUACGCAGCAGCUUAGAUUCGAUCGCGUUGUCGCGAAAUUUCAGCUGGAGAUGGAGGAAGCUGGGCGCAUCGAUCACCUGUCGGGCGAGCGGCAAAAGGCGCAGUUCGAUUUGCAGCCAAUGAAGGUGCUACUGGCGGGCGGAGAGCACGAAUUGGACGUGGCGCAGCGUGUUGCUGCUAUUGUCGCCAGGGAUCCGGUGUUCAGCAAAGCAAAUCGAACGAGGCUAAGUCGAGAAGAACUCUACAAAAACAGUCUCCGUAAAGCGUCCCAUGGCUGGAAGCUGAUCCAGCAACUGAAACUAACAGAGGAGGAAGCGUUUAAGCUGAGAUCUCUUGUGGACGAGCCGACUUUUACAGAUUUGCAUUGGGGAAUGUUUGUUCCAGCCAUCAAAGGUCAGGCAACCGACGAGCAGCAAAAAUACUGGCUUCCUCUUGCCUACAAAAUGGCUGUGAUCGGAUGCUACGCACAGACGGAGCUUGGUCAUGGAUCUAAUGUCCAAGGCCUUGAAACUACUGCCACUUUUGAUCCUGCGACCGACGAGUUUGUGAUGAACAGCCCAAACCUGACUUCUACAAAGUGGUGGCCUGGUGGUCUAGGCAAAGCCUCUACACACGCUCUAGUGUAUGCUCGACUGAUCACCGACAAUCACGACUACGGGAUCCACGCCUUCAUUGUCCAGAUUAGAAGUUUGGAUGAUCAUAAGCCUUUGCCUGGAGUUACUGUUGCUGAUAUUGGUGUAAAGUUUGGAAAUGCUGGUUACAACACCAUGGACAAUGGGCUUUUGCGUUUUGAUCAAGUUCGCAUACCUCGAAAUAACAUGCUAAUGAAACUUGCUAAAGUUACGAAAGAGGGAAAGUAUAUCUCCUCGGAUGUCCCAAAGCAGCUCGCUUACGGAGCAAUGGUUUAUGUUAGACAGAGCAUAGUGUCUGAUGCGUCCGUAUAUCUUUCUCGCGCUGUAACGAUAGCUGUAAGAUACAGCUGCGUUCGUCGACAGUUCGGUGGUCAAGGAAAUGAUCCUGAGACGCAGGUUAUUGACUAUAAGACUCAACAACAUAGGCUUUUCCCGUUGCUAGCAACAACAUAUGCUUAUCGUAUUGUCGGGCAGUGGCUGAAAUGGCUUUAUUCGGACGUCAUGAAUAGAUUGGAAAGCCACGAUUUUUCAACCUUGCCAGAAGUGCACGCGUGUACAUCAGGAUUGAAGUCCCUCACUACGUCAGUUGCUGCAGACGGAAUUGAAGAAUGCAGGAAGUUGUGUGGUGGGCAUGGAUACCUCUGCUCCAGUGGUCUUCCAGAAUUGUAUGCUGCAUAUGUUCCUGCAUGCACCUACGAGGGAGACAAUGUCGUUCUUCUUCUUCAGGUUGCAAGGUUUCUAUUAAAAACAUUGUCCCAACUUGGAGGUGGAGUCAAGCCCGUUGGAACAGCUUCUUACUUGGGAAAUUUACCCGUUCUGACGAAGCAGGGAUCUCGGGUUUCUCAAGGAACGGACUGGCUUGACCACUCAAACCUUCUCUACGCCUUCGAAGCCAGGGCAGCCCGCUUGGCUUUAGUUGCUACUCAACUUGUUCAAAAAGCUGGAAACGAAGCAGGAUUUGAGCAGCAUUCGAUUGAACUGAUCGAAGCAGCUCGCGCUCAUUGCGAGCUCAUGGUUCUCUCAAAAUUCGUGGAGAGAUUGCAGCGAGGAGUCCCUGGCCGUGGCGUCCAACGUCAGCUCGAUAUCCUCUGCGAAGUUUACGGCCUCUUCCUACUCGUGUCCCGAGCUGGAGACUUUCUCUCCACGGGAUGCUUGACUCCAACGCAAGUAGCGCUGGCAAAACAGCAGCUCCAGAACUUAUACACGGAGGUGCGGCCAAACGCCGUGGCUCUAGUCGACGCGUUUGGUCAUACUGACCACUACCUGGGAUCAAUCCUUGGUCGCUACGACGGAGAUGUGUAUCCAAACCUCUACAAAGAUGCGUGGGAGGAGCCACUCAACAAAACGGUGGUCACGGAUGGCUACGAAGAGUACAUCCGGCCCAUUCUCCAGCAAGAGUUUCUCACGAGUCGCAAGGCCAGAUUGUAGUAAGCCACGAACGGACGGCCGAGAUUGGCUGUUAUUCAAGGGACGGCUAAGAUUUUUACCUGGUGGGAAUAAAAUCCUGUGUUGAUGGAUUAGGGUUCUAGCUACAUUGUACUGGGCGGCUAGGGCUCUUUAGAUUCUCUAUCGCCUCCGCCACGGCGUUGUGGCUGUAGCGAUAAUCCCCGGGAACAAAUUUGGCUGCGUGCGAUUCCUGAGCACUCCCAGUUACCGUGUUUCCUAGAUUCUUCUUGGCGAUUGGCCGCGCUUUCUAUUUCUUGUGGCCGAUGAUGAUGAUUCUUUCGAAAUGGCGGAGAUUGCUUUUCUGUGACGCUGUUUUCUGUUGUUACACACCCUGAUGGCCAGUGUGAUCGUGAUCAAGGGGCUAGAGAGUAGGGCGGCGAGGUCUUGAUUUUCGCCGCGCCUUAGUCGCCCCUUGGAGAGAGAAUUGUUGCUGUUAUAGCAGGCAUUGGAUCGAUUUUACCCCAAGCCUGUG